GGUUGAAUGCCAUAUUGAAGAUUUCCAGACACCUUAAGGUUGUCCGAUUAGAUGAGUGUUGGAUUUGUACAACAGAAGAGAAUUUGUUUACUCUCGCAAACAAUUGUCCUAAGCUUCGUGUCCUGAGUGUUCGCCGAUGUAAAUAUGUGACAGAUGAUGCCAUCAGAAAACUAUGUGAAUGUUGCAACGAACUGCAAGAACUGGAUGUUAGUAGUUGUUAUAAGGUAGGUGCAAUCAUUUUGUAUUAUAUUGAGAAUAUAAUAGUUGACUUCUGCAAUGCAUAUUCUUGGAAAUAACAUUUCUAAACCCGCCUUCUUCACAUGCCCUCGUGCCUUAUGGGAAGGUCACAAUUUUUAGGGGGCCUGCGGAAUUUGUGUGCAAAAUAGUGUACAAUACGCCCGUAAUUUUUCAACAUGGAUAGCAAAUUUUAACCAUGGGUGUCAGAUGUUUGGAUCCGAGGUAUCCGCGUUACCUGCAAGUGACUGGAGCUAACUGCAAACCUGGGUCAGAAGGUCUUGUGCACGCUAGUACAAUAGAAAUUUCAAUUUUUGCUUGUAUUUGUUUGAAAUAUUUACAAACAAUAUUUAAUAGGCGUCUCUUUUCUAUAACAUUCUCUUUUCUAUUCUCGAACUUUGUGUCGCUUGACUGUUUUCCUGUUCUGUCGCCCGAUUGUGUUUAGCAAAUUCCAAACUGUCAAGCUUUGAGUUAUGUUUCCCAUUACCAAAAUUGACUUUCUCAAUUGGCCCGGUCCCAGUCGCAACUCGCAAGCUAUGCGGUUCCAUGCAAACCAACUCCUGAUACUCGCUUCGCUCGCAGGGUAUCUGCAAAUUAUUUUUGAUUACCUGCGAAGUAAAUACACAUGCAUGUUUUAAAUUUGGGAACAAUAAAAAGUCUCAAAAAAGCUUAAAUAAACUUAGAAAAGAUCACCAGAUACGACUUUAGCUGAAACAUUUUUUGUGAUUGCCUGAAACAGUUGCUUGUUAAUUCUGCAAAUUUAUAUUGUGUGUUACCUUUGUGUGUGUUACCUUCCCAUGGUGGAGACAGUUUCUAAAUCAAAACUGAGGACUUGACUGGAUUUCAAAUCUGAGCAGUUUUGUUUGAGUUAGAGGCGAUCCUGUGGACGUGGUAUAAAUCCAGCCAGUCCAAACUUAAGGUGUUGAAAUUAUAUUUUAUUUUCCCAAACCAUUACUGAAGAUGUUGUGAUUUAAUUUCCUGGCAAUCCUAACACUGAAUUGAUUUUUAUUCAUUCUCGUACCCAGAUCCCUUGUUAUACUCGGUCAACGGAGCGUGACUAGGGCUCUGGCGAAAAGCAUUAUUAUCAUUGAGGCAUCUGAUUGGCAACAACGAACAGUAUUAACUGGUUUCCAUCUAGGCUGUCAAAACAUGCCAAAAUUUUUUUAGAAUGCGUGUUUUUUAGGGAACCAAUCACAAAGAGUUAUUGCUACAUGCUGGGCGCGUGUACUGCACGUGAUGUACAAUUACAACAAUAUAACAACACAAAACGAUUUCCCAAAUGUAUUAGCUGAUAGAUAUAGUGUGUGAAAUCGAACUAUACUAUUUUUUCCAGUUGCUAACUUGCUCGUUCAUUUUGUUGUUAAACAGUUUUAUAAACGGGACUUUUUGUCAGCCAAUCUUUGAUAAUUAUAAAGUUAAUAUUAUUCAAGUAUGAAUUCGAGCAUGCGGUGUUUAUCCGGAACCAGGUUUUCCUGGUUCCCGUUUUGGUUUUCGUCAGAGCCUCUCUUCGCGCUCCGUUGAACACGCGUAAGAAGGGCUUUGGGUACGAGAAUGAUGUUAAUUCGAUAAUAGACUUUUGUGUAAUAUAAUAUUUUCAGAUUUCGGACAAGGGACUUUCAAAUCUAAUCUUGUGCAAAAAUCUCCGUGAACUUCGUGUCAGCAGUUGCUAUGGAGUAACAGACCGUAGCAUCAAAAAGCUUAUUAGACACUGUUCAAAAUUGGUGGAGCUGGACGUUGGUGGGUGUCCACGGAUCACUGAUUCUGGACUCCAAACUCUGCUGGAGAAACCAUGUGGGCAGUUGUUAAGAAUAAAGUCUUGUGAAAAUGUAGGUGUUUUGUUUUGGUAGUUAACUGGUACACAAUUUCUGAAAAAUGUUGUACUAUACUACUAAGUAUACUUGCGUCAUUAUAACGUUUUAGCUACAGUGCCUUUUCUGAAUCGUUGUAUAUAUUACCUUAACGUUUUUUUUUCUUUUUCACAGGUUACUAACGAUAUGAUUUGGAAACUAGUAAUGGCUGGUAUUACUGUUAACAACAUGUUUUAG